GACUGCAGCGCUUUCUUGCCGACUUCCGAGACCUCACCAGCUGGGUGACUGAGAUGAAGGCUCUGAUAAAUGCUGAUGAACUUGCCAAUGAUGUGGCUGGAGCUGAAGCCCUUCUAGACAGACAUCAGGAACACAAGGGAGAAAUUGAUGCCCACGAAGACAGCUUCAAAUCUGCUGAUGAGUCUGGCCAGGCUUUGCUUGCUGCAGGGCACUAUGCUUCUGAUGAGCUUAAAGAAAAGCUGACAGUCCUCUCAGGUGAAAGAUCUGCCUUGCUGGAGCUGUGGGAGCUCCGCAGACAGCAGUACGAGCAGUGCAUGGACCUGCAGCUCUUCUACAGAGAUACAGAACAAGUUGACAACUGGAUGAGCAAACAGGAAGUGAGUCCAUGUCUCUGAACUCUGCAGAUAGGGUUGAUUUCAGUUUCUGGGUGGUCUUCUAUAGAA